GCUGCAUAAUCAUAGCGGCACCGGUUUUUUCUUGUAGCAGCUGAUGCUUGCGGAGAUCAGCGCACUGCGGCUCUCUGCAGUCUCUGGCCUGCUCCUGCAGGUCACUGCGGCCAUCGCUGCUCUCUGUGCCCCAGCCAGGACACCGCUGCCUCUGGUUCGCACAGCCUCCGCACCGCCUUCAUCCUGGCAGCAGCCUCAACCGUAGCUCUAGGCCCCCGCAACACAGUCAGACCACUACCUUUCAUUUCACUUCUGUCCCAGUCAGCGCCGCGUCUGAUAUUCCGAUGAGUCUUUCCUUGUGGAGGUCAGAUCUCCUGAACUUGACGGUAGCCAAUUAGGCGUGUGAGGUCCUUGGAAAAAUGGCCGAGUCAGCCGACCACAAGGAACUGUUCAGUCAAGAAGAGUCUGGUGAUAAGGUAAUGAUGGAGGGGUCCGGGGAGCAGCCGGAGAGCAGUGAAGAUGCCUCGGCUGGGCCUGGAGAUGAUGGGGACCGCGGUGAAGAAGCUGCCGUGGGUCCUGGGGAAGAAGGGGGAAAAGGUGAAGAGGAUGCUGCUGGGUCCGGGGAAGGCGGGGAAAAAGGUGAAGAAACUGAUGAGGAUUCAGACCCAGACCAUCCAAAAGGACUUAUCGGUUAUCUUUUAGAUACAGACUUUGUUGAAAGUCUACUUGUGAAAGUUAAAUACCGUGUGUUAGCCCUCGAAAAGCUUCAAACUAGAGUGGCCAAUCUAGAGUCCAAAUUCCUGAGGGAAUUUCAUGGUAUUGAAAGAAAGUUUGCUGAAAUGUAUCAGCCUUUAUUGGAAAAAAGAUGUCAGAUAAUCAAUGCAAUCUAUGAGCCUACAAAAGAGGAAUGUGAAUAUAAAUCAGAUUCUGAGGACUGUGAUGAUGAGAUGUAUGAUGAGGAAGAGAUGUGUGGUAAUGAGGAGGGUCUGCUACAUGACUACAUGGAUGAGGAUGACGAUUAUGAUGAUUAUGCUGUUGAAGAGGAGGAGGAGGAUGGCAAUGAUGAUGACAAUGACGACAACACCAAGGCAGCUGGAGAUGAGAAUAAAGAAGAGGAUCCUAAAGGAAUUCCUGAUUUUUGGCUGACUGUCUUAAAAAACGUUGACACACUGACUCCUUUGAAAAAAUAUGAUGAGCCUAUUCUGAAGCUCCCGACAGAUAUUAAAGUGAAGCUUUCAGAUCCCGGUGAACCUCUCAGUUUCACACUAGAGUUUCACUUCAAACCAAAUGAAUAUUUCAAAAAUGAGCUGUUGACAAAGACCUAUAUGCUGAAGUCAAGGCUAGCAUAUUAUGAUCCCCAUCCCUAUAGGGGAACCGCGAUGUAUUGCAUAGGCUAUAAAAUAGAUUGGAAUGGAGGAAAGAAUGUCACUUUGAAAACAGUCAAGAAAAAGCAGAAGCACCGCGUCUAGGGAACAGUCCGGACUGUGACUGAAGAUUUUCCCAAGGAUUCAUUCUUCAAUUUCUUUACUCCUCAAGGAAUCAACUCAAAUGGAAAGGAUGGAAAGGAUGAUUUUCCCUGGCACAAUUUAUGUACUUACAUAAUCCCAAGAUCAGUAUUAUUUUUCUCAGGUGAUGCGCUUUAAUCUCAGCAAGAAGGGAUAGUUAGGGAAGUUAAUGAUGAAAUUUAUGACAAAAUUAUUUGUGAUAAUCGGAUGGUUGCAAUUGAGGAAGUUAAAGCUUGUUGCAAAAAUCCUGAAGCAAUAGUAGAAAACAUUGAUCACUAAAGCAGAGUGUACAUGGCCCUGAAAUUAAUUGUCCUAGAUCUAGUUACUCAAAAUAUAAUAAUUAAUUACAGUCUUGUAUUGUUAAUUUUUCUUGUAGUGUAAGUUAAAAAUGUAUGUCUCAGAAAUAUGAGAAGUUCAAAUACUAAUUCAUUUGACCUUGCAUUUUAGCAUAGAAUACUUUCAAGAAAUGUGGACUGUGGUAAAUGAUUUAAGAUAUAUUAAUAUAGUAUUGUGUAGUUUAAUCCUUCUGAAGUCCUUUUGUCAUGUAAGUAUUAAUCUGUAGCUAUGAACAUUAUCAGAACUACUAAAUGAGAUCAAUAUUUAUUCUAAAAGAAAAUUCUGCAGAACCAACUCAAGGUUCUUUUGCUGUUUUUUGUAUUUGUGUUUUCUUUAGCUACUGUGUUUAAUUUUGCUGUGCCUGCUUCAUUUUGCAAUAAAAAUGCAAUAGAACUUAAAACUUGAAUCCUUAAGAAAACACCUGCAUAUGGUUAACAAUUUCAGGCAAAAUCACAUUUUACAUUUGUUAAUAACAGCUUGUUCAUAAGCUAUUGUAUUUUAUGUGACCGUGAUAAAUAAUGAAACUUAGUUGUAUUAAAUUUAUUUAUCAGUGAAGUGUUAAUCAAAGUAUUUUCCAAAGAUUGCCAUGUAUUGUUCUGUGUAAUUGUGUAAACUGUAAUUAGAAUGUAUAAUUCUCUUUUCCUACAUUCAUUGAAAGUGAUCACUUUAUCAUUUUGAAAAAAAUUUUAAUGU